AUGUCCACAAGCAUGGAGCAGGCGUGCAUGCUGUGUGGCCAGGCAGAGGCUGACCCGGAUACCUGUGGACCCUUACUGGAGGAAGACGGGAUCCGUGUCCACGGCUUUUGCCUGUAUUUUGCCAACGAGCUCUUUCAGAGGAGCUCGCAUAUCACUACCGAAGGAUUUGUAUCAUUUCCGCUCACAGAUGUUAGACACACGAUCGAGCAGGCAGCACAGCAGCACUGCAUCGUGUGCAGCAACAGUGGGGCGACCAUCACCUGCCAUGAGACUGGGUGUGACCGCAGUUUCCAUCUUCCCUGUUCUGCCGUGGGUGAAUGCAUCACCCAGUUCUUUGCUCCAUACAGGUCCUUCUGCUGGGAGCACCGGCCAGAGCAGGCAGCGGAGGCAGCUCCAGAGGAGAACACCACAUGCCUCAUCUGCCUGGACCCUGUGGGGGACAGAAAGUCCUACCACACCCUGGUGUGCCCAGUAUGCAAACAUGCCUGGUUCCACAGGGGCUGCAUCCAGCGACAGGCUAUGCACGAGGGCAUUCUGUGGUUCCAGUGCCCGGUCUGCAGAAACAGGGACGACUUCUUGAUGGAAAUGCUCACUAUAGGGAUCCACGUCCCAGUAAGACUGCCAUGGUGGUACGGCCAGGAAAACGAAGAACCCACUGAGAGGCACAGCCGCUGCGAUGCCAGGGAGUGCUGUUGCCCAGAAGGCAGGGAGCAUGUGGAGGAAGAGGGGCCCUGGCAGGUGCUCCUGUGCCAUUCCUGUGCUACUCAGGGCACCCACAGGCGCUGCUCCCAGUUGAGGAACACGAGAAGUCACUGGGAAUGCGACAGCUGUUCUGGCCUCGGCUCUGCCUUCUCCAGUGUCACCUCGGAGCUCGGCAGCACCCGCACCCGACGCCAGGCGCCAUCGGGGCGGUCCCGCAGGUCUCGAGUGCUCCAGAGCACAGGCCGCUCCAGCCCCGCAGGGCCCGCGCGGAGGCAAGACCGAUCCCGAACCCGUUCCCGAAGUCGUUCCCGAAGAACCCACCGCUGGCCCAGCAGACGCCGUGGCAGGAGCGGCACAUCCGCAGUAGGUGCUGAGAGGUGCAGCCCCAGGCAGGCGCCAUCGGGGCGGUCCCGCAGGUCUCGAAUGCUCCAGAGCAGCGACCGCUCCAGCCCCGCAGGGCCCGCGCGGAGGCGAGACCGAUCCCGAACCCGGUCCCGAAGUCGGUCCCGAAGAACCCACCGCCGGCCCAGCAGACGGCGUGGCAGGAGCGGCACAUCCGCAGUAGGUGCUGAGAGGUGCAGCCCCAGGCAGGAGCCAUCGGGGCGGUCCCGCAGGUCUCGAAUGCUCCAGAGCAGCGACCGCUCCAGCCCCGCAGGCUCCGUGCGGAGGCGAGACCGAUCCCAAUCCCGCUCCCGCUCCCGCUCCCGCUCCCGCUCUCGCUCCCGCUCCCGUCAUGGGUCCCGAAGAACCCGCAGCCGGUGCAGAAGACGCCACACAGCAGCGGAACAUCGGCACUAG